UCAGUUUGAGUUGGCUGCAAAAAAAUCGAAAGGGAGAGCAAAACUGACCCAAAUUCAGAGCAAACCCAAAUCGCUUUCACCGCACCACUAGCUAAAUUCGAAGUUCCAUCAUUCGUGGCUUUCUUCUGUUUAUGAUAGUUUCAAAAGCCAAAUAUGACGCGCUUCUGGCCACUGGUUUUCCUUGGGGCACGCUCUACUUCAGUUUUCUCGCAUUUAUUGAGUGACAGCCUUGGGGAAAGCUGGCCGUUCGCUUUGCAAGCCUCCUCUGAUCAAGAGGUGAAACAAAAAACUACGAUACCGAAGAAGCGCCCUUUAAGCUCGCACCGAGCUUCGUUCCGUGAUUAUACCAUCAGGCAGUACGAGAACCGCCUCAGACUGUUCUCCCAUCCCACGAAGAUCUUCCGCUACUUUGCCACCAUCAAAAUGAGGAACAAGUACGGUAAAUGGGAACUGUACAUGACCGCCUCCGAUUUCAUGAGAUCCAUUCAGCCAGGAGUCAGGCAGCCGGAGAACUUGGGCCUGGACAAGUUCCACAUUCUCGAUGAGAAGGCGGCCAGGAAGUGGAAGCCGGAUGUCGGGGAGGACAGCAUCUUCCUGAAGAUCGAGGGGCGGGGCCUGCUGACCUACAGUGACUACGUGCUGCUGACCAUCCUGCUGUCCAUUCCGGAGCGAAACGUUAGAAUCGGCUUCAAGCUGUUCGACGCGAAUGGUGACGGCAACGUGACCAUCGAGGACAUGGAGCAGGUGCUUAUGGCCAUCACCCAGGGCGAGGCCUCCGUGAUGAACUCACACCUGAAGAGGUAUCUCUUUGGCUCGCGACUGAGCAGAACCAUGGGGGCUACUGACUUUCUGGAGUUCCUGCAAGAGCUGCACACUGAGAUCCACACGCAUCAGUUCGAGAGCUUGUUGAAGGGAUCCAGAACUGUGAUCUCCGAGCUGGACUUUGCCAAGGUGGUCUUGGGCUUCCGAAGUUCCCGCAGCGAGACUCGCGAAACUCUUAAGCGGGUCAAGGAAAAGUUUGGCAACAUGGGUCGUGGUAUAAGCCUGGAGGAGUUCCUGGCCUUCUUUCGCUUUGUGCAGGAUGUGGGAGUUAUGGAUAACGAGCUGGCCUUCUACUACUUCACCGGGGCGCACAUCUCACCCAAAACACUGCGACACAUCUCCUACGUGGUGACCGGCGUGAAACUCUCCGAACAUCUUACCGAGGUGAUUUUCUCCAUCUUCGAUCGUGAUAGCGACAACAUUAUUCAGCGCAAGGACUUUACCAAGAUGAGGCGUCAGUGGAUGCACCCCGUUCCGUUGCGAACCAACCUGAGGUUCUCGUCCACGAUAUGCAUUGUCUGCAAGUGCCUGUGGAAAGUACUACCAUCCUGGAAAAAGAAGGGAAUUCACAUAAGGGAACCGCUUCUAGUUCGCUGACAUCACUGCACUGGGAGGAAUUGUAUUUAAACGUAACUUUGACUUGAUAUUUGUAUCAACUGUAGCUGUGUAUUAUUUUACAUAUGUAUUGAUUUUUUGACAACCUUAAUUGUCAAUACAUAUAGUACUAUAGCAUAGAACGA